ACUACCGUCACGUGCCUCCGCCCCUCCUCGCGACCAAGGAGUUUACUCCGUGCUCGUAGACAGCCUGGUGACACAUGUCCGUCCUGUGACGUCACACCGCAGGAAUUCAGCUACGGGAGUUCUAAAUACUAGAGCUGUUCCUGCCAGUUAGGAAACAGGAUGAUUAAAUUCAUUCUUAUUGUUAACAAGCAAGGUCAGACUAGACUGUCACGUUACUAUGAACGCUUGGAGGUCCAGAAAAGAACCCUGCUGGAGUCUGAGGUCAUUAAAUUGUGCAUUUCCCGUUCCAAGGACCAGUGUUCUUUCAUAGAGUACAAAGAUUUUAAAUUGGUGUACCGACAGUACGCAGCUCUCUUCGUCGUGGUCGGCGUUGAUGAAUCAGAGAAUGAAAUGGCGGUUUUUGAGCUCAUACAUAACUUCGUGGAAGUGUUGGACAAGUAUUUCAGUAGAGUGAGUGAGCUGGAUAUCAUGUUUAAUCUGGACAAAGUUCACAUCAUAUUGGACGAGAUGGUACUGAACGGCUGCGCUGUGGAAACGAAUAGAAAUCGGAUACUCGCACCCCUCCUUGUGCUGGAUAAAGUAGGCGACAGCUGAAGCCA